AAUCUUUUCAUCUGAUUAUCCCUGAUUGGUUGAAUCAUGCUCUAAUACACAAAAGUGUAUAUGAUGGAGGAAUCAUGCUGUUUUGUGCUUUGGAGACAUUCUGGUCUACAACACUUUCUUUGACAUGAUAACACACUUGACUUGUCCAAAACAAGCUGAAAAAGGAACAGGUGAAGAAAGGGGCAAUAAUGAUCAGAGUAUCCAUGAUGAGUCCUUGGCUAAAUUGGAGAUGCAACAAUCAAAUCUUGGAAGCUGUCUAGCCGCCAGCUUUGACAUAGGAGCAGUCCGAGGAUCAUAUCUCAGCAACCAGAAGAAAUUAAUCAACAAACUCAACGGCAAUGGAAACUUAACUCAUCAGGGUCUCACGUCGAAUUGGAAUCAUGUCCAAAGCUUCUCAAAUGAAAGAGUUAUGGAUUCUACAAGUCGGGUGAUUCUGUGUUUACUUUGUUUGAAUUUUUCUGAGUUUAGAACAUCUCAAACCUAUCUAUGGCAACCAGUUGAGCAUGCUAAGGUAACUAAUCAUGUUUUCAAGAGUUCUUUUAUUGAUUACACAGAUAUGAUGCACUUGUUUUUGUCAAAAGAGUCAUGUGCAGAUUAUAUGGAAGCUUUGAAGCAUACCAAGGGAAAGAACAAGCGUGAGGAAGACAAACGUUUCAAGCCGCCUGAUCUAAACCAGGAGAGACGUCAGGACGUCACUUGCUUCAUUCUCAUCAACAAAGCACCUCCAGAUGCAGCAUACAAGCCAAAACCGAUAAAAUACAACUUUGGGAUAAGACUCUUACUCUAUGAUGUUCUUGCUUGUGUUCACUUGUCUUGUUUCAAUGUAUCAGGUUUAAUUAAUGCCUCAGGAGUAAGGAGAGCCAAAUGGAUCAGUCCCUUCUAUAUAAUAGAACCAGUCAGCGACAAUGCCUAUCAAAGAGGCUUGCAAGGUAAGUGUAAUCUGAUUAUAAACUCUGAUGUUACUGACUUGGUCCCUUCUAUUGCAGGUAACACAGAUCUGAGGACAAAUCUUUUUGAAGUCGGAGGGGAUGAUGUGAUCAUGGAAAGCACCAAGGACUGGAAGUAUGAACCUGAACCUGAAGAGCUCGUAGCUGAGGAUGCAACAUUGAAGAACAUUUGGAAACAAGAAGAAUACAUUAGUCUUGGCCGAAGCUUGAUCAUCCAAGACACCUUAACCAUCAUUCAAGCUACUCCACCUUCAAGCUGAUCAUCAUCUAGGCAAGU